AUGCCCGCAACAGCCACGCAGACGCUCCCCGGCAGGACUUGGGGAUUUGAGACGCUGCUCGUGAGGCAAGAGUUUGGAGAUAACCAGAAGGCAGCCAAGAUGCCCGAGCCUGGCGUCAACGCCAUGGUCAACCAGACGCCGGCUGAAACGAUGAUGAAUGCGCAUGGCCGCAAAGAUGACACUGUCCAAAAUCAGCACCAGUUGCCGACUCCAAAAUUGAUGAUUUCGUUCAAGGGGCCAUGGGAGAUUGGUGGCGGCAUUGCACCAACGCACAUCAACAUGGGGGGCAUGCCACGGUACGGGCCGUGA